CAGUUCUUUUUUCCCAGAGAUAGAAAGAAAAAAAAGGGAAUUACGUGUCGUCCGGUUUUAGGAGUCGGGGAAGAAAAAAAAGUGCACAAGAAAUAUCCUUUCUCGAAGUAGAGAAGUUGAGGUUAUUAUCAUAUCAGACGACUGUUUUCGAGUCGGUAGCUCGGACUGUGGACGAGGCAGGAUCGGAGUCUAUCUUACAGCCACGUCAUUUUGUGUACGAAACUCUGCCUUCUCGGUAGCUGCUUUUUCCGGUUUCGGUUGAAAAGAAACCACUAUGAACAUAUUCAGGCUUCUCGGCGAUCUCUCUCACAUCAUCGCCAUAAACAUCCUCCUCCUGAAGAUAUGGAAAACACGCUCUUGUGCAGGAAUUUCCGGCAAAUCCCAGCUUUUAUUCACCAUAGUCUUCACAGCGCGCUAUUUAGAUCUCCUCACGACGUACGUCUCGGCGUACAACUCGUUUAUGAAAGUUUUGUUCUUAGCCGCCUCGUACAACACACUUUAUCUCAUGUACGUCAAGUUUAAAGCUACGUACGACCACAAUCACGACACUUUUAGGAUCGAAUUUCUCAUUCUGCCCUGCAUCAUAUUUGCAUUGCUGAUCAACCACGAUUUUUUUCUACUUGAGAUUUUGUGGACGUUUAGUAUUUAUCUCGAGUCAGUUGCAAUUCUACCUCAGUUGUUCAUGGUGUCGAAAACAGGAGAGGCUGAAAGCAUUACGUCGCACUAUCUUUUUGCCCUUGGGUCAUACAGGGCACUUUACAUUCUGAACUGGAUAUACCGGUACUACGCUGAGGGCCAUUACGAUCUAAUCGCUAUCGUCGCUGGCAUCGUACAAACUGUGUUGUACUGCGAUUUCUUUUAUUUGUACAUAACAAAAGUAUUAAAGGGGAAGAAACUGCAGUUACCAGCCUAAAAUUUAUGAAUAUUGCCAAAUAAUGAAAUACAAAGGGAGAAAUGUUUUAUUUGAAUGGCCAUAGGUCUAAAAUCCCGUGGUUUUUGUUGAUCACUGCUUUGUUGUACAAAGGCUCUUAACCUUGUAUUUGACUGAGCAAAUUUUUAAACUUUACUGUUUUAUUAUCUUAUUAAUAAAUUAUCAUGAAAUAUUGUAGUAGUGAAAAAAAUAGUAAUAGUUCAGUAUUAAGGAAACGUUGCGAUAAAAAAUUAUUACUCAACUGUAAAUGAUUUUUGUUUCAAUUAAAAAAACAAAACAAACAUUCAUAGUAACAUAAUCAUGUUGGUCAGAUUUUAUUUCUCUCUGUUUAAGUUCUUCUUUUUGUAUGAAAACAUAUAAGCAAAGAGCUUACUGUAUAUAAUUAUGUAUAAGUAGAUCGCAGAAAAAUUGAGAUCACAGAAAAUACACACUGAACAGCACUACAAUUGUUUUCUUGUAUUAUACAUUUUCAACCAAUAUUGAAUUUUUACCAAUCACUAAUAAUGUAGUGAAAUUUAGUUUUCACAGAAUGUAAUUUAUAGCAAUGAUUUAUGAAUAAUCACACAGUUAAUAUUUUUUUUAAUGCUGUAUAAAAUCUUGAUUAAUUUUAAUAAGUAUGUAAAACGAGUAAUAUAUUUAAAAUUUUUUUCUUCAAUUUCAUAUUGUUUUUGGUUUAAUAAUUUUUUAAAAAUAUUUAUAAUUGUAAAUAAUAAGUGGUCUUCUUGAAAGCUACAUGUAUGUUUGGCUAGAAUAUAUAUUAAAAUUUAUUUUUUCUUAAAGAAUAUUGACUCUUGUUUUUUUUCUUUCCAUUUGUGCUUAAAGCAGAUUGUGUAAAGCAACCUGUAUUUUGAUAAUUAAAUAAUUGUAUUUA